UAUGCACCUGCGCCAGUGGAUCGACCCGCAGACCCACGAACCCGUCGACCUGCCGGCGCGCGCGCUGUACGAGCCCACGGCCGUGACCAAUCCGUUCCGCGCGUUCCGGCUGGCUGCAGUCGACGUGGUGUCCAGCCCUACGUGGGCGAGAAUGCAGGAGAUUCUGGUGGCAGCGCGCGAGCGGCAUCUCGUCACAAACCUCGUCGCGUUCUUCUGCGGGUCGAUCUUGCGGGAGUCGCCCGCAGCGACGCAGUAUGCGCUGCUCUGGAUGAUCAGAAACCUCUGGAGUGAGGAUGGGGACGGCCCGCUGGCGUGCGCCCUGCAGGACAGUAUCUACGACGACAUGGACGAGCAUUUCCUCUCGGUGACGCUGAAGAUGGAUGUGGUGGCGGAUCCCCAGGGGUUUCUCCAGGUGGAGGACACGUCUGUGGUUUAUAGUUGUAGCAACGAUGUCCCGGUGAAGGAGAUCAUUGCGGAGAUCGCUCGUCCGGCGAUCAUCAUAUGGGAGGACGUGACUCGGACAAAUUCGUGAGUAUACCCCGUCUGGACGAGGGCUGCAAGCAAGACGGAGCUGGGCUGACGCGAGGAGGAUAUAUGAUCCGGUCACCAAUCGGGUUUUGAAACUGAUUG